AUGACUCAAUACGUUCUCUUUGGACGGCCGUUGGCGUCCUACAUCCUCCCCAUCCUUCUCCUUGCCUCAACUGUCGCGCUAUUCUCCCCACCCACACUACAACUGCUCGCAUCUCACCCGGCGACCGAAACGCUGGCCUCCGCGCUUUUGACGACAAAGCAGUACUACCUCCAGACCCAGGUCUAUCUCUACAAAGUUGUCGCGACGCUUGGCGUGUUUGCAGGCAUAGUUUGGGUGCUUAGCCCCGGCGAACGACCGCGGGGGGCUUCGCAGAUGGGUUCGAUUGGAGGUUCGGGAAAGCACAAGGACAUUCGGGCCGGCGCAGCGUGGAAGGGAAACCCGUAUCGCUUCAACAAUUGCAACACUUGUGGCUGA